AGCAGCUCCAAGCUCGGAUCAUCCGACAGUCGGCAACAAACCGCCCGUUGGAACAGUUCACUCAGUGCACGUACCAUUUCCCGUUUCUAACCUAUUUUCAAAACAUUAUUUUAUAAUUUACAAUGGCGGAAGAGAACAACAAGCAAGAGGCUAAAAAAGAGGAGGUCCAGGACACGGCGAAGGACGUCCCGCAGGAUACAAAAGAGCCCGAGUCCAAGGAGAAGGAAAAAGAGAAAGAAGUGGAAAAAGAAGCCGCUACAGCCCCGGCGCCGGAACCUCAGCCUCCCAAGCCGCUCGUCCAUAAGACCAAUUUCGAAAAGGACGUCGUCUAUUUAUUCCAGUUUUCCAGGACGCCGGUAAUCCCGUCUCUGUCGCCGUACUGCCUCAAAGCCGAGACCUACCUCAGGCUCGCCGACAUCAAAUACGAGAAUGUAGACCAUAAGACAAAGUUUAAGUCUAAGAAAGGAUUAUUACCUUUCAUUGAAUUAAAUGGAGAAGAAAUAGCAGAUUCUGCUGUUAUCAUUAAAGAGUUAGGACAAAAAUUUGGCAAAGACCUUGAUGCCGGAUUAGACAACAACCAAAAAAACAUCUCGCAUGCUAUGAUUUCAAUGAUUGAAAAUCACCUAUUCUGGGUUGUAAUGUGGUGGAGGACAAAGCACCCUGAUAAUAUCAUCAAAGGAUAUAAAAUGAACCUCCAACAUUUUCUUGGCAGUAAAAUCCCACUAGGAGUUCUCAACUUUUUCUUCAAACUUAGUUACAGUCGAAAAGGCUGGAAAAAAGUUAAAGCCCAUGGAAUCGGCGUUCACAAACCAGAAGAAAUCAUGGAAUUUGGACAAAACGAUCUUAAAGUUUUAUCUGAAAUAUUGGCCGACAAACCAUUUUUCUUUGGAGAUGAACCUACAACGUUGGAUGUAGUGGCAUUCGCUAAUUUAGCACAAAUAUAUUUUAUUGAAAAAGACAUGCAUUACCCACUUCAAGAAUUCAUGCAAGAAAACUGUGCUAACCUUGUUGGACAUGUGAAUAGAAUGAAAGACAGGUGUUUUCCUGAUUGGGAAGAUAUAUGCACAACACUAGACCUCAACUCUCAUCUCCCAAAACCUCCACCAGAAGAAAAGGAAUCAAAAGGAAAAGAUGAAGAAAAAAAAGCUGAGAAGGAAGGAGAUGAAGGUGAUGAAAAAGAAAAGUCCGAGAAAGAAACUGAAAAAGAGAGUGAAAAGGAGAAUGCUGACAAGGAAAAUAAAGAAAAAGAGAAAGAAGAAAAGUAAACACCUUAACAAGGAAUAUUAAGUACCCAAACAUCACCUCCUUCGACUCUUUUCCAUCACUUCAAUAUCGGCUAUCAAACAAAACAUCAGAUUAUAAAUUUGACCUUUUUUCUCCUCUCCCUUAAUACAUAAAGCAUAUCCCAUGUUCACUCAAACAUGAGUAAAAGCAUGUAUAGAUCUAUUGUGAAUGUGUCCAUGGUAUGCAUGAAAGUACUUUAUGUACUUGUGGGUGUGUGUAUGUGAGUGUUAUGAAAUAUUUAACUCCAUUUUCUAUACUUUUGUUGUCUACAGAAUAUGAAAAGGUUUAAUUUUUUUUUAUAAUUAAGGACAGAAUUAAAAUUUAUAUGUGGGCAUUAGAGCUGGAUGAAAAGUUCAAAGAUCAUUUCGUACUCGAAAUUUCUUAGAAGAUUUUCAUACAGUGAUAGGUAAUUUUUAUGAACUCUAGCUAGAUAGGUAAAAGUGUAGAUUCAGAAUGAUAUUAAUAAACACAUUUUAUACGUGACUUAUACUGUUUAGAAUUUUUCAUAAUUUUUUAAUGAGCAUGUAGAUAAUUUCAGUCAUGACAAACAAUAGAAAAUAGACAAAAACGCUCAAAAUUGUCAUAUGCUCAAAAAAAAGUUAAUUCAAUGCGCUAUUUUAAUUUACAAAUUUUUUUUUUUUAAGAUG